UUUGCAUCGCAUGAGUGAUGCUUCAUUUUCCAAAGUGAUGUCACGUUUUCUUAUCGCGGAACAUCUCAGUUUGUAAUAUUCAUGUAAUAUUACUCGCAUUACUUACACAACUUUACUUUCAAAGUAAAGUUAUUCCCUGAAACGUUUGCUCUGCGCAAGUUUUUCCCCGCUAUAUCCAUGUCUGUUUAUAUAUUGUGUCACUGUCGUCUCAUUAACAGUACUCAUUCUGCAAGUGACAAGUAAGCCGGUCGCUUGCCUAAUGUAAAAUUAAUUUCAGUAACAUCGUCUAACCUCGAAACAGUAUUAAUUCAAGUAGGUACAUCGCAUGUUUCAGCUACUAAAUAUUUUUUAUUUGUGUUCAAGGAUUGGAUUUGUGCCGCACAAAUGAAAUCACACAUUAGUCAACGGAAGAAAAAAACGCUGGAAGAUGUUUAUCAAGAAAUCAAUAGAGAUAACAUACGCCUCGAUAAAGAGGCUACAAAAAAGAACAAUGCGAUAUUAUACUCAGUGCUUCAAAAAAUUCUCACACUAAUUCGAAAAAAAUGUGUAGAUUUUGACAGAAUGAAACCAAAACUCGAGUACUUGGGAAGUUAUUAUGAUGGUUUGCGGGUUGGUGAGCCCACAGAAUAUGACAUAAAUGUGGUAUUGAAAUUGCCCGUUCAAUACAAGAAUAUCUAUCUUGACGCCACACAUGUAACGAGCUAUGAUCAAACGAUUAUAUUCAUACCAGCGGAAUAUACUUUGAUAAAGUCUGUACCAGUUUCUUAUACUAAGUCGAAAUGGUGUGAUAAUAAAUGUCGUAUUUCAGCCACAAUAUUCCGCUCCUGGAUACAAGGUUUGGUUGACAUUGUAUUGUCAAGCCUUCCAUCCAAGAACGGCAGAAGAAUUCUUAGUGUCGAUAACAAAACAUACCUAAUCUAUACAAAAAUGUCUGGGCCUGCUCAAACUAUAAAAAUACAAACAGGUGAUGACGAAAGCAACGUUAUCGAUGUAGACUUGGUACCGACAUUCUCAUUCAUGCUGCCAACGAAACCUAUUGGUUCCAAGAUUAAAUUUGGACAUGUAGAGGAUACAAAUCUAAUGCAAUACUUUGUUGUUCCGAAACCAUCUGAUAACGACUUUUGUUGGAGACUGGCCUUCCCCUUUCAGGAGAGAUAUUAUAUUAAGAACAAAAAUAAUCUAAAAUCGGCUGCAAAACUUUUGAAACUAUUGCGAGACGUGCAAGACUUUAAACUGCUAGCGAGUUAUUACAUCAAGACGCUAUUUCUGUGGGAAGUUAAACAGCAACCAGAAGAUUUUUGGAAGGAAAAUUCACUAUCAUACAUUGUACUCCACAUGUUAAAGAGACUUCGAGACUGCCUUUCAAAAGCCGAAAUUCCAAACUUUUGGUGCCCCGAAUUUAAUCUUCUAAAAGAUAAAAUCAAAACGUGUACAUGCCAAAAUUGGAGCAAUCGAUUAUCUGCUAUAAUCAAGGAUAUCGAAGAAAAAGGUGAACAUGAUCCUAAUGUAAUUUUAAGGUAUUUUAAGUAUCCUACAGAGCAACAAUCACAUUAA